GCUGACGCGGGCGCCGGCUGCCAACUUCGCGCGGAGCUCCCGGCGGCGCGGUCCCGGCGGCGCGGGCGGCAUGAAGACGAGCCGCCGCGGCCGAGCGCUCCUGGCCGUGGCCCUGAACCUGCUGGCGCUGCUCUUCGCCACCACCGCCUUCCUCACCACGCACUGGUGCCAGGGCACGCAGCGGGUGCCCAAGCCCGGCUGUGGCCAGGGCGGGCGCGCCAACUGCCCCAACUCGGGCGCCAACGCCACGGCCAACGGCACCGCCGCCCCCGCCGCCGCCGCGGGGAACGGCCCCCCUGGCGGCGCGCUCUACAGCUGGGAGACCGGCGACGACCGCUUCCUCUUCAGGAAUUUCCACACCGGCAUCUGGUACUCGUGCGAGGAGGAGCUCGGCGGGCUCGGUGAAACAUGUCGCAGCUUCAUCGACCUGGCCCCAGCGUCGGAGAAAGGCCUCCUGGGAAUGGUGGCCCACAUGAUGUACACGCAGGUGUUCCAGGUCACCGUGAGCCUCGGCCCUGAAGACUGGAGACCCCAUUCCUGGGACUACGGGUGGUCCUUCUGCCUGGCGUGGGGCUCCUUUACCUGCUGCAUGGCAGCCUCUGUCACCACGCUCAACUCCUACACCAAGACGGUCAUUGAGUUCCGGCACAAGCGCAAGGUCUUUGAGCAGAGCUACCGAGAGGAGCCGACCUUCAUAGACCCUGAGGCCAUCAAGUACUUCCGGGAGAGGAUCGAGAAGGGGGAUGGGAGCGAGGAGGAGGACUUUCGCUUGGACUGCCGCCACGAGAGAUACCCCACCCGACACCAGCCACACAUGGGGGACUCCUGGCCCCGGAGCUCGGCACAGGAGGGACCGGAGCUGAACCGCCAGUGCUGGGUGCUCGGGCACUGGGUGUGACCAGGAUCCCAGCCCAGUCUCUGGAGCUCAGGCCGUCGCCGGCACCGCCCCCUGCCGCAAGACCACCGGUCUGGUACCCCUGCAACCCUGGCCUAUGGGCUGUGAACUCGGCCAGCCUGCUAGGGAGACGCCAGGCAUGUCCUGCCCUCUGCUGCCCGGGUCCCAGGGCCCUGGGCGGGAGCCGGCGGACCUGGGGGAAGGCACAGGGCUGCACAGAGCGACUCUGGGACAGCAGCCGCUGAUCCCUGCACCGUCACCGGGCGGCUGUGACGCCAGGAAAUACACGGACGCUGGCCACGGAACGCCUGGCACCCGCAAGCCACCAGGACCCUGUGGGGGUGCCCAGAGGGGCAGAGCCAGGGGGGCAGGGAGUGGGCCUCCUGAGGGGGGACGGCAGCGCUGGCACCGAGGGCUCACGCAGCAGGCACACGGCAGGGGCUCAAUAAAUGCUUGCUGAACCUGUCUCCUUGCGGUGUGUGGAGGCCAGUUGCUGUCUGGGCCGGCUGCCCCCUCAUCGCCCCCCCCACUGCUGCCCCGGGGCUCUCGGUGACACCCCGGAGCGUGCUGAGGCCAGGGCCAGCCAUGGGAGCCGAGGCUGGGGACCGACGGACACAGGCUGGCGGGGCUGCUGCGGGUCCCAGAGGGUGUGUGAGGCAGGGCCAGGCAGGCAGGAAGCGCGGGGAGGGCGAGAGAUGGGCCCAAACUCAGGCCCUAAGCUGGGAGCAGGGAGAAGCCGCGUUGAUCCCGAGAGCUUAGCAACGUCACACCACCCCGACCCCUGUUGGGACCCUUCACUCCGUGUCUAGGGCCACCUUUACAUAAAAUCCCAGGGCUGACAUGCCUGGGAAACGGAGUCCGAUUGUAAAGGUGAGGGAGCUUAGGGUUGCACAGAUGAAGUAACUUGCCUAAGAUUGUAGGGCUAGUGAAUGGCAGAGCUGGGGUUGAACUGGGAGCCUGACUCCAAGUUCAGGCAUCUCCCAGGAGGCCUUAUCCCUUUCUGGAAGGAUUUCUAGAGCUUUUCCUCAAGUAGAACUCAUUCUUUUAUUCCAUCCCUCCAUCAUUCAUUCAUUACUCACCCAUGAUCCAUCCAUCCCGCUCCAUCCCCUCCUUCAUCUCUCCAUCAU